CUGUCAGCAGUGGGGCACAGAGUCUAGAUCAAAUAUGGCACAGACUCUCCUAGAUGAGUCCAGCUACCCCAGAGUAAGACAGAUGCCUGAGGUACCUUCACUCACAGGAUCAUCUUAGAGGUGUCUACACGAGAAGCUAGACUGGAGCUGACCGAGCAGAAGAUCCAUGUGUAAAUGUUGCUGGAGCAUCUCUUAAAGUUGCACACAUGCUUGCAGAGUAAGGCAUGGGUUUGGACGAGGCCCGUCACUCAAGCUCACUCUCUGUUCACUCGCAGAAGUGUCACAGUGGAGGUGAGAGCUGAUGGACUGCUAGAAGAGAACAGUGGAAAUCAUGCUUUGCUUUUUCUCAAUUUCCUUUAGAGUUGAAUGUAGUAAUCAACCAAUGGGGCAAUGAGGAAUCAUUUUGAUCCACGAACAAUGUUUACCUAAAAAGUGUGAAAAGAAAGUCUGCUUGUGUGAUUUGUGGGAAGGAAUUACAUGAGAGACAUCAACGGAUAAGUGUGUUGGCAAGAUGAGCGUGCCGGCAAACUGUGGAUUCUCUUUCUCAGCUGACCGGGCAUUGAAGCCUCGGAACUGGAAUUUGUAUGGAUCUCCAUGUGCCGUCAACAGACCCAUCGACAUUGUGCAGAAACGCAGGCGUUUUGAUGUUGAGAAUGGGCUGUCGGUGGGCCGCAGUCCUCUGGAGUCCCAGGCUAGUCCAGGCUCCGGCCGUGUGCUGCAGGCCAAUUUCCCUCACAGUCAGCGGCGGGAGUCCUUCCUGUAUCGCUCCGAUUCUGACUUUGACCUUUCACCCAAGGCCAUGUCCCGAAACUCAUCCACGGCCAGCGAGCUACAUGGAGAAGACAUGAUAGUUACACCGUUUGCACAGGUCCUUGCCAGCUUGAGGACUGUGCGGAGCAACUUUGCUGUUUUGACCCAUCAGCAAGACCGCGUCCCGAGCAAGAGGUCCACUGGAAGCAACCCACCAUCCAUGUGCAAGACAAGCCUACCAGAGGAGCCAUUUCAGAAGUUGGCAGUGGAGACUCUGGAUGAGCUGGACUGGUGUCUCGAACAGCUCGAGACUCUCAAGACACGUCACUCAGUCAGUGAGAUGGCAUCCAACAAGUUCAAAAGGAUGCUGAAUCGAGAGCUAACCCAGCUGUCAGAGACCAGCAAGUCUGGAAACCAGGUCUCAGAGUUCAUCUCCAGCACCUUCUUGGAGAAGCAACAUGAUAUGGAUAUUAUGUCCCCACCAACCAAGGAGAAGGAGAAGAAAAAGUGGCCCAUGUCUCAGAUCAGUGGAUUGAAGAAACCCUCACACAGCUCCAGCGUCGCAGCUUCCAGCAUCCCACGCUUUGGCAUCAGCACUAACCAGGAAGAUCUGCUGGCCAAGGAGUUAGAGGACUUUGACAAAUGGGGUGUGGAUAUGUUCAAGAUAUCCGAGUAUUCAGGCAGCCGACCGCUAACGGUAGCAAUGUACACAAUCUUUCAGGAAAGAGACCUGUUGAAAUCCUUUAAAAUCCCUGUAGACACGUUCAUUACCUACAUGAUGGCGUUGGAGGAGAACUACCACGCAGAUGUAGCAUACCAUAAUAGCAUCCAUGCAGCUGACGUGGUCCAGUCCACCAAUGUCCUGCUGUCCACCCCAGCCCUGGAGGCUGUAUUCACCGACCUUGAGAUCUUGGCCGCAAUGUUUGCUAGUGCAAUACAUGACGUGGACCACCCUGGAGUGUCCAACCAGUUCCUCAUCAACACAAACUCAGAGUUGGCUCUCAUGUACAACGAUUCCUCUGUUCUGGAGAACCACCACCUGGCUGUUGGCUUCAAACUGCUGCAGGAAGAAAACUGUGACAUUUUCCAGAACCUGACCAAGAAACAGAGGCAGUCGCUGCGCAAAAUGGUCAUCGACAUGGUCCUAGCCACUGAUAUGUCAAAGCAUAUGAACCUGUUAGCGGAUCUCAAGACCAUGGUAGAAACCAAGAAGGUGACCAGUCUGGGCGUCCUGCUGUUAGACAACUACUCUGAUCGCAUUCAGGUUCUUCAGAACAUGGUGCAUUGUGCUGACCUGAGCAACCCAACAAAGCCCCUGGAGCUGUACCGUCAGUGGACGGAUCGCAUCAUGGUGGAGUUUUUUACUCAGGGGGACAGAGAGAGAGAUAAGGGAAUGGAGAUCAGCCCCAUGUGUGACAAACACAAUGCUUCCAUCGAGAAGUCACAGGUGGGCUUCAUCGACUACAUUGUGCACCCACUAUGGGAGACCUGGGCUGAUCUGGUUCACCCUGAUGCCCAGGAGAUUCUUGACAUGCUGGAGGACAACCGUGAGUGGUACCAGAGCAUGAUCCCCCACAGUCCCACCUCCACCCCCGAGGACAAGGGCGGUGUGUUUGGGAUGGGAGCGAUGGGUGGAGGCAUCGUCUCAUCAACAGGGGAGAAGUUCCAGUUCGACCUGACCUUAGAGGAGGAAGGGGAGUCUGACAUUGAGAGUCCCGUGGACGAAGAGUUCACUUCCACCGCACAGGAUUCCUCCAGGACAGAUCCAGAAGACAAACAUCCGUCUUCGGCUCCCCGCACACAGCAAGCCAACCUGACCGCUCGAUUCCCCGGCCGCAGGACAAUGUCUUUUAAGAUGGCGGAGCCACCAGACAGUGAAGAUGAAGAUAGAGAACUUGACCAAGAAGGGAAAAGCGUGUCUUACCUGCGUCUGGGAACAUAACACUAGUGCACUUUUUAAUUUUGUUCUUAUUUCUUCUUUCAUACCUCUUCCUCACCACUUCCCUAUCCCUCUUCAUCCCAUUCUUAGCUUCCUCGGGCAGAGGCGGCGCAGUGCAGGAGAGCAAAGGAGAGGGAGGAAAGCUUCCACAGGACGUUUUUUAUACACUAGUCACCUUGCACUGGAGAAAGCUCUAACUCUACGGACUGUCAAAGCAUGAAGCUUUCUUAAAACGUUCUCGGUCUUGAAAGACCAGCUUUUACUGUCAAGCGUACAACUGCCUAUGUGUUAUGGACUAAGAGGAACGUUCUCAAGUGUCUUCCCGUGACAUCCCAGGUUUAAAGUUAGCGAACAAGUGGAGCCGUCCGAACAUAAUAAUUGAUAAACAGGACACUUUUUAUGUGAGACACAUGUGCACUAAUUUUUUUUUUUUUAAGAUACACUGUUGACUUAAAGCUGGUCUAUUAUUAGCUGAACAAAAACAACCUAACCUUAACACACCAGAACAUCUCAGGAUUCAAAGAAACUUUCAUGUAGCAAACAGCUUGAGGGUACCCACAUAGUGACCACCGUCUUCCUCGGAUCACUACAAAAUCUCUAGACUGAAAUCGAGCGAUGAUUGUGAUCUUUUGUGUUUGUUUGUAUGUGACGCCACCUAGUGCUUAAUAGUGGAACUGGAGCCACGUUUAUAGGAUUUACUCCAGCCAAACGAAGUGGCUCUGUAUUGUUGUUCCUUCGCACAGAUUAUAAUCAUCAGACCAUUUUAACUUAAAACCCUUCUCACUUUAAUUGGUAGGACUGCUGCUUUAAUUUAUGGCAUGCACAUGGUUUACAUAUGCUUCUUGUUUAUUUUUCAGUUCUGCUUCAUCCAAUUACAUUGUAUGUCACGGUUUUAAAAUGGCUUGUUUCUGAUGUUUCAGGUAGCACUUUAGAUAACUUUUGUCAUUGCCAAACGUUGCUCCAUGAGAAAGGGCUGGAGUCAUUAUUAACAUACAUGAGACUAGGAUUCGUCGUGAUCUGCAGGGUAACCAGCAUGUGUACACACACACACCCUGUGUGUAAGUUAGUUUCUGGAAGGCUGGGCUAGCUUGGAAACCCACAUUAGCUGUAUAGGAAAUGAUCGGGCUCUUUAAACCACAUGUGUACUUUCUCUCUCUUUCUGUGCUGGUCACACUGAACAAUAUGAGGUGUCUUACCAUCUUUACAAAUGUAUGAUGUCUAAACAAAAGUGAACAGUUUUGAGAUCUGUGCACUACAAGAUGACACAUAAAGCCAAAGUUAGUUUUCUGUGCCAGACCUUUAGUGUUUGGUUUUUUGAUUGAUCAGUGCUCUGCUCUUCACAGGGACAUAGCCAAUGACUGUACAAGUGCCAAGCAAGCAUGAUCCAUGCUGUACUGUAAUUUCCAUUUUGCCACUGGCUAAUUUCCAUCAAUGAAAUUUUCUACUGUCAGUAGUGUACUGAUUUGAGCAUUUAGUUUUCUUUUAAUUCUUCAUUCAAAACUGUGGAGUUGUCAAGCUGAAAUUUUAUUUAAGAGUAUUCAUGAUUCAAGUUUCAAGUCUUUCUGACUCAGUAUGCUCACUGUAAGUCAGAUUAUCUGUGUCCUUUUUAUACCAUGGUAUGAAUUUUAAUAUUGGAUACAGUGAAUCUAUGUAUGUAAAUGAAUUAGAGUAAACGGGGCUUUUAAUUAGUGGCUACAUGUUCAUCUUAACAUCUGUCUGUGCUCUUUAUUGCAAUGUUUUGUGUGGUGAAUGAAAUGCUGAGUGGCCAUGCAAAAUUUCGACUGACCGUAUCCACAUGACACACCUCUGUUUGUUUUUUUCUGUCGCAGAUCUGACAAUCCCAACAGUACUGUUUACCACUACAACGCUGUUACUAAUGUUGCUGUGAUUGUUUUCCUGUUCCCAAUGCCAAUAAACAAAGAAAUAUUAGGAA